CCCCUCAGCCUCCCCUCAGUCGGUCCCGGGACGCGGAGCGGAGCGGAUCGGAGCCGCUAUGGAGGCCCCACCGGCUCCCCCCAGCGCUCCCCCGGCUCCGUGCAGCGCCGCCCGCAGCCUGCAGGACGAGCUGACGUGCCCGGUGUGCCUGGAGUACUUCAACGACCCGGUGCUGGUGGCCGAGUGCGGACACAACUUCUGCCGGGCCUGCGUGACCCAGUGCUGGGAGGACUCAGCCCGGCGGCUGUGCUGCCCGCAGUGCCGGGAGCCGGUUCCUCAGCGGCUCUUCCGGCCCAACCGCUCCCUCGGCAACAUCGUGCACAUCGUCCGGCAGCUGGGGCUGCCCCCGGGCCCUGCCGAGCCCCCGCCGGGGCCUCCGGCUCCGCCGCCGCUGCCGGCCACCGCUGCGGCCUGCCCGCCGGGCCCGGCCCGCUGCCCUCGGCACGGGGAGCCGCUGCGGCUGUACUGCGUGCAGGACCGCAGGGCCGUCUGUGUGGUGUGCCAUCUGUCCCGGGAGCACCGGAGCCACACCGUGCUGCCGGCCGAGGAGGCGGCCCAUGCACCGGAGGAGGUGCCCCAGGAGCACCUGAGCUCCCUGAGGAAAGGCCGUGAAGAAGCCAAAGCUGAACGGGAGAGACAGAGUGAGGAGCUGCUGAAGCAGACAGAGGUGGAGCGGCAGAAGAUCGUGGCCGAGUGCAAGGAGCUGAGGGGUUUCCUGGAGGAGAAGGAGCAGCUGCUGCUGUCCCGGCUGGAGCAGCUGGAGCAGGACGUGCUCAGGAGGAAGGAUGAGAGUGUGACCAGGCUGUCUGAGGAGAUCGCCCAGCUGGACAAGCUGCUGGCUGAGCAGGGGGGGGAGAGCAGCCCCGGCAGCCAGCCCGGACAGGUUGUUGCCCCAUCUGCAAGCAGCCUGGAGAGCUGGAUGUUCUGCAAGCCUGAGGCUGGCUUUACAGAGCUGGAGAAGAAGCUCAAGAGCUUCUCCCAGAAGAGUGCAGUGCUGAAGGAGGUGUUGCUGGAGUUCAAGGAGAACCUGAGGUUCGAGCUGGAGAAUGACACAGGUGACCUCUCCCUGGACCCAGACACAGCCAACCCCUACCUGGUGCUGUCAGAGGACAAGAGGAGCGUGCGGCUGCGGAGCUCCCCCCAAGAGCUGCCCCCCAACCCCAAGCGCUUCGAUUACUCCUUCUGCGUGCUGGCGGCCGAGGGCUUCGCUGCUGGGAGGCACUACUGGGAGGUGGAGGUGGGUGAUGGGGAGAGCUGGGUGCUGGGGGCAGCACGAGAGUCCGUGCGCAGGAAGGAGAAGAUCGACUUCGCCCCUGAGGAAGGGAUCUGGGCUGUGGGGCUCAACUGGAAGGGCAAGAACUGGGACCAGUACCAGGCGUUCACCUCCCCGGAGACGCCCCUGUCCCUGUGCGAGCGGCCCCGGAAGAUUGGGGUGUACCUGGACUAUGAGGGGGGGUGGGUGGCGUUCUACAAUGCUGAUAACAUGGCUCCUAUCUUCACCUUCACCGCGGCCUUCACCGAGAAGAUCUUCCCCUUCUUCUGGCUCUUCUAUGUGGGCUCCUCCCUGUCCCUCUGCAACUGAGCCUCGGGUCCUUCACCCCCUCCCCAGGUGACCUGCAGGAGGGUCCUGGCCCUUUUCCACCCCAGACCCCCUCAGUGCCCCAUGUUCUGCUGGGUUCUUGGUGCUGCCCAGUUUGGUUUCUGUUCUCCACACCACAAACCUGCCCCUGGGACACCUGUUUGUGGGGUUGUUGGGGGGAGCCCCAUGUGUUUUGUUUGCUGUUCUCCCCAUGAGCAGGGGGACAAGCUCCCAUAGGGGUUACUGGUAUCCUGUGUUGUUCCAAAGCCCCUGUGCAUCCCAGGAAGCUCUGGAAAAGCAGUGUGAGGAGCACAGGUUCCAUUCCCAGCCCUGCUUCCUGAUGCAGUUGCUCUGCAGGUCACCUUGUAGCUUCCCUUCCACUCAUCCUUCCUUUCCUUUCCCAUUGGGGAAGGGCUGAGUUCAUCUCCUCGCUGUUGGUAGCACCAAGAGAGCAAAACCUCAUCCCCUUCCUUAGCACUGAGCAUCCAGAGGGUUGGGAAUGGAGAUGGGAUGAGCCUUGGGGUGUAGCCACAGGGACAUGCAGCGAAGCAGCACUUGAGGGUUGCUGUGUGGGUAGAGCCUGAUGGAAUCCGGCCUGUAUCCGUUGGGAAGGAGGGGGAAGCAGCUUGUUCUCAAUGUGAUCUCGUGCUUAUGGCCCAUCCCUGUGCUUGUCUCUGCCCUCUCACUCUUUAGUGGGGAAAUAAAAGUUGCUGUGCAAAAAAC